AUGAGCCAAGCACUCGACAACGCUGAGAAACUCGGUUUGCCGAACAUGGUCUUUGUCCAGUUAUCAGGGUAUGGCAACGACGAUACGUGGGUGCUAGAGUCCCUCAAAGGUACGGGCCCGGCGAGAGGCCGUGGUGUUGUCGCUUUCGACCCAGAUCAUAUCGACUUUCAGACUCUCAAAGAGUGGCAUGACCUUGGUGUUCGAGGUGUUCGAGUCAACCUCAGAUCUUCGAAGAGUGUUCUCUCAAGAACUGAGAUUCAGAACAUUUUACGCAAGUACGCUGAAAAGCUCCGACCGUUGAAGACCUGGUCCAUCGGAUUAUACGCCGACAUGGAGGUCCUUGAUCAUGUCCAGCUCUUAUUGUCCGAACUUCAGGUAAAAGUCGUCCUUGAGCACUUCGGUUCUCCGGCAUUUCUGCCAUUGGACCCGUCGAAGCAGCCAGGCUGGGUUUCGCUGUGUCGCAUGAUGGAAGACCCUAGUGUAUACGUCAAAAUCUCAGCACCGUAUCUGUUCUCUACAGAUGCGGAUUUCUCUGACUUGGAGUCGCUUGCAAAGUCGCUUUUCCGCAUGCGCAACGGAACGGGAGUUGUUUUCGGUUCGGACUGGCCUCAUACAAAAUCGCGAGGAUGGGAUGCGAAGCCGUUCAUGGAAAAGGUGAUGGAGUGGUGUGACGGGGACGAGGGGCUACGGGAAAAGCUUUUCCGAGGAAAUGCGCGAGAACUAUGGGACAUUGAAUGA